AUAUAGUUUGCUCGCUAAAUUCCACUGACACACUUCUCCGCUCCCGACAUGACCGCUGGCCUGUAGUGGCACUUCGGACUUUGCUUUCUUGUUGCGUCUGCAUGAAAUGAGGAGGCAAGUUGGAAGGCAGCGUUAGCAAGCUCUCUGCCAGUGUAUGCCCUUAGUGGAAAAUGGUAGUAGCGAGAGGACAGGCAGCUUUAGAACCGCCGAGCACCGACACCAGGGCAAACGACACGUCACGUCCUUAAUGUACGCCUGCCAGCAAAACCGCGACGGCCAAGUGCGCGAGCUGCUCGCACAAAACAAGUCGCAGUUGAUCAAGCAGCGGGACCGCACGAUGAAGAGCGCCCUGCACUAUUGUGUGGAGAAUUCUUCGGCGACCAGCGCUGAGUUGGUGCUGGCAGCGGCGCCCGAGCUGCUGGACGCGCGCGACAAGGAUGGCUUCACUCCGCUCAACCUUGCUAUCAUCGCGGGCAACAUCAGCCUGGUGCGCUUCCUGCUGCACAAACGAGCCGACCUCAACGCCGUCGACAACGAAAAGCACUCGCUCGUCCACUGGGCCACCGUUUGCGGAGAGGUGGAGGCGCUGGAAGCCCUGCUGGAGGCCGGCGCCGACCCCUGCAUGCCCGACAUCCACAACGGCUACCCGAUCCACUACGCGGCGCAAAUGUGCGGCGCCAACUCGGAGAUGGGCAACGACACCAAGGUGGGCAUCAAAAUGCUGAGCAAGCUGCUCGCCCGCAAAGUCAGCGUCCACGUGGUCGACAGCGACGGCAGGCAGCCCAUCCUCUGGGCCGCCAGUGCAGGUAGUGCAGACGCCGUUCUCUCGCUGAUAAACGCUGGCGCCGCAGUUGAAGCAGCCGACAAAGAUGGUUUGACAGCUCUCCACUGUGCCGCGAGCCGAGGCCACACCGAGUGCCUGGAGACUUUGAUCACGCUUUGCGGUGCCAACGUCAACGUGAUAGACAACCACGGCUGCACGGCUCUGUUUUACGCCGUCACCCUAGGCCACGCCGACUGCACGCAACUGCUGCUCAACUUUGGCGCCGAUUACGACACUCAGGACCGACGGGGACGAACGUCCGCGCAUUGCGGAGCAGCGAAAGGGCAGCUCGAGACGUUGAAACUACUGCACACGGCCGGUGCCGACCUGUGGAAGCGGAACGUGCGUGGAGAACUGCCGCUGCACGACGCAGUGCAGAGCGGCCGCAGGGAGUUGGUCAGGUGGCUGCUGGCCCUGCGACCUGACAUGGUGACGGCGGCCAACAGUGACGGCUGCUCGUGCCUGCACAUCGCCGCCAUCAGGAACUACGUCGAAAUGUGCAGGGUGUUGCUGGACGGCGAAUCGUUCGUCAACCCUGUAAUGCGGACGUCCAAAGGCGCCCUGAUGACGCCCCUGGACGCCGCUCUGGCCAAGGAAAACCGCAGCUGCGCCAAGUACCUGCAGCUGCUCGGAGGAGUGCCUGCGUCCAAAUUAACCGAGGAGGCCGCAGCGUUGCGCGGACAAAGAAAGGCCUAUCUGGACCACAUGGACCUUGUGACACCGAGAUUAGAAGCGUCACCCUCUUUACUCUCGGGAUACAGCACGCCAGCCAUGCAGCAGUUCAACUCGCUGGAGGUGCCGCAGGUGUCCAGCAAAGUGAGUCACGACGAUGAUCAGAUUUCGUCGCAGAGGAGCGCGCGGAAGGUGCGGCUGCGGAAGUCAAAGUCGCCGCGCAGCUCGUCCAGCGAGAGCGACAACGAUGCCGACAGAGAAAAGAGAGUGCGCAGAAAGAGCAGGAGGCACGUUUCAAAGGAGAAAAAAGAGCGACGCGUCCAGUCUGUUGACGGUGCGGCGGACGCGGCGGUCGAUGCUCGGGAAGAGAAUCGAGAGGAGGCCGACACGGAGCACGCAACACGGGCGAAAGCAACACGCGACCGAUCGUCUGCAAGCAAAUCCAAGAAGCAGUUAAUCGAUAUGAACCAAAUCACGACGGACGAUGAUGAAGUUGCUUCCGAAGCGAGUGUUCUGGAAACGCGAGAAGCCGAGAGGAAGGAAGAGCGGAAAAUCGCUGAGAGCAACACAGAUGCUAACGACGCGAAGAAAGAGGAGCAGGAAAAAACAAAAGCAGCUUCAGCAAAAGCCAAGUCUGCACGGCACAGGAGCCAGCCUCAGGCGAAGCUCGAAAAGAGCAAAAGCGACAAAGCUGAGAGUCAGAAAGUGGACGAGGCGGCCGGAAAGCCUUCGACGGUCCAGCAAAAGGGCGAGAGCAGAGGACAGUUGACUCCAGUCGGAGAAGCCAGCACCAGCUCCGAGCAGAGCCUAACUGAUGGCUCUGAAAGGGAAAAAACUGCGGCGACUGCGGUGGUUGAUGUUAAAAGUGCGGCUCAGUCACCACCGAAAUUGCGAGAAACUGGCAAGUCUAAAAGCUCCAGCAUACCGUCUGGAAGUGGCAACAACCGCAGGUCGGAGAGCAAAUCAAGAUCGGCAUCUGUCGACACGGACAAAAGCCAGCGUAGAAAACCAGACGCGUCGCCCAGGAAAAAGGAGGCAGAAAGAGUAGAAAAACCUAAUAAAGAAAACUCUGAAAAAUCUGACGGAAAAGCAGAUGAAAGUAAAAAUGUAGAAGAGAGUAUUUCAUCCAGUCGCGAAGAAAACGAAGUGGAGAAAGCUAAAAAAUCUGAAAGUAAAACUCCAAUCACGUCAGAAAAGCCCCGUAAAAUCGUAGAACAAGGAACGAAGAAUGGAGAAAUUAUAGCUAAAAAAUCUGAAAGUAAAACUUCAGCCACGUCAGAAAAAACCCGUAAAAUCGAAGAACAAGGAACGAAGAAUGGAGCAAUUAUAGCUAAAAAAUCUGAAAGUAAAACUUCAGCCACAUCAGAAAAAAACCGUAAAAUCGAAGAACAAGGAACGAAGAAUGGAGAAAUUGUAGCUAAAAAAUCUGAAAGUAAAACUUCAGCCACGUCAGAAAAAAACCGUAAAAUCGAAGAACAAAAUUCGAAGGAGAGUGAAGAAAGCUCUGAUGCUAAGAUUCCAGACACGUUAAACGAAAAUGAAAAAGUUGAAGAGGAAGAACCAAAGGGUAAACUUAUCAGUAAUAAAAACGUUGAAAUUAAAAACCAAGAUGCACCUAAAACUGAGAUCAAAAAUAUCGAAGAAGAGAAAGUGAUGAAUGAAAAAAGCACAUCUAAAAAGCCUGAAAUUGAACACCUCGACGUUUCACAAGAAAAUAUACCUGUCGAAGAAAAGAAAAACACGAACGACCAAAGCACUACAGAGAUUGCAACAAAUAAAAACAAAAAAGUGUCAAAAGAGAGGGAAAAUAGCAGAGAAAAAGAAGAAAGUUCAACUAUAAAAUCAGAAACUAAAAAACCGGAUGUGACACCUGAAAUAAAAAAUGAUAAAAUUGAUGAAACUGCCUUGGAGGACGUUGCACCAAAGAGAAAUCAAAAGAAAACAGAGAUCAUAGCUGGAACAAACGCCAAAAAACAGGAAAACGGAGCCAAGAGUAAAAAAGCUGUCAGUUCUGAGCAUGAAAAAGCAAGUGCGAGCAAAAUAAUUGAAACACCAAAACAAGACAGUGAUACCAGUGACAGCGUCGGAAAGACCGAAGGAGUGCCAGACGCAAAGAGCAAGAAAUCGGAAAUAGAGGCGCCGUUCAAGACGGACGAUCCAAAACAAAAACCAUCCAAAAAGCAAGAAACCGCUAAAAACAGCAGGGCAAUGAGCAAGGAGCGGAAGGAAUCAGAGGUGUCAAAGCCAAGGCAGACGGCAAUCAAAGAAGCAUCGCGUGUCGCUCCUUCCAAGCCGCCGCGAGCCGCGUUAUCGGAAAAGGGUGAUCGCGACGGGAAAUCACAAGAAAAAGCAGAGGGCAGCGACGCGUGUUCAGAAACCAACGCCUCCAGCAGCGACGUCAGCCAAACGCAGGCCGAAGACGGCACGUCGGACUCGAAAUCGGCGCCUGACAAGCGAGCCGAUUCCAACAACCGGAAACAGCGGAAGCUAAAGCGCGAGGCCAACGCGUCCGAGACGCCGGGCACGACGGAGGGAACCGCCGCCGCCAGCAGCGACUCGCAUUCGGACCCGACCGAAACCGAAUUCCAGGACACGGAUUCCGGGGUGCAGGAAAAAACCGGCAAGAGCAGCGAGCAGGAAUCGGAGCAUUGGAGCGAAAGCACCGCACACACCACCGCGGAUGAUAAAUUCGUCGAGGAGCAUUCGUCGAGCAGCUCGCGUGCUGCAAAAGAAGAAAUCGCAACCGGAAAGGGAGAUAAAAUAACUGAAGCCCCCGGCGCGAGACAUAAAAAGCCUGACGACGCUAUCGCGAUCCCCAGCGUGACCGUCGUGGAAUCGGGGCAGCAGGCGAAGCGCGAGGGGCCGAGAAACAAGGCCGCGGAGAAGGACGAACCCGCAGUUAUCGCCGUUGCCGCCGUCGAGCCCAAGAAAACGGUUGCGUUUGAGAAGCAGGCGCUGGAGCCGGCGGCCGAGCCCACCAAGCACCUGAUCAACGGCAAGCCGAGCCAAAGGGUGCCUCCGCUGCCCAAGGGGCUGCACCAACAACCGAUCGACCGGAGCGCGCAGAUCGAGGAGGACGAGAAGAAGGCGCGCGAGAUCAUCCGCAGGCGGCACGAGCAGUCGGUCGUCUCGGUCACCCAGGCUGUGCAAGUCAGCACCAGAAAGUAUCAGCUAGAGCGGCGGAUUUUCCAGGAGCUGCUGGAGCUGAAGAAGAUGCAGCUGCGAACAGGCCGGGGCAACGAGAGCGUGAUUGUGAAGCGGGCCGUGGACGAGUACCGCAAGGCGGGGCUGAUCGUGGGUCUGCGCCAGUACGACGGGCCGUAUUCGUUCCGCGCCUUCGAACAGUACCUCUACGAUCAGCUGAAACUGCUGCAGAACAGCUCCGACGCUCGAAUCAUCGCACGCCUCAAGCCGACCGACGACGUGAGCUCGCUGGCCGCGGCGCUGCGUCUCUCGGUGCCGCGCCACUCGCCCGCCUUCUGCACCGUCAGUACGCACAGGUGCCACCACGCCACCGACGCCUACACCAACGUCCCAGUCGCCAAUUACGUUGCACGGUUGCCGCAGACGGAGCGUUUUCUGCCCGAAAUCGAGUCUCCGAAGAAAGAGAAUGGAAGUUUGGUGUCGACGGCAACGACCAAAACGCUGCGGCACGUCGACAUCCGCAAACCGAUGACCCUGGAGCUGAGUUUGGGCGGCGAGCGGCAGAUUAUUGCGCUGCCGACGGAAAAACUCGACAAGUCCAAACGGUACUUUGUGUCCUUCUCGAUAAAGCCCAAGCACACGUCCGUCGAGGCUGGUCGCGAAGCUCCGGAGGACAACAAACACCAACAUGCCACCACCAUUUGAAGCCGCUUUUUCUUUGUAAAUAUUACAUAUCACCGCUCAUCAGAUGAACCCCAGGAAGUUACAAACUGCCGUUGCGAGCACUGUGUUAGAGUUUAUCUCCCACCGAGUGGAGUUGCAUUUUUCUAUUGAUGUGUUACUCAUUGUCAGCGACGCCGAUGUUCUCGUUUUGAUAAAAUAAAGUGUUGAAUCACGA